UCGUCGUUAGUCGAACGUCAUCUCGAAAACGAUUUAUUAACAGAUUAAACUGGAUUACAAUAGAUGAACGUUUCAUGCAUGCUGCCUCCCAUCUUCUUCUUGGCGAUGAUGAUCAUGACGAUGUCUUCGUCGAUGGCGCUUCUCCUCCUCGCCUCCCGACCCGCACCUAGCGCCGGCUAACACGUCCCACCGUGCGAGAUUGCGUCCUCGCGAUCAUCGACCAAAUAGUCUGCCAUCCAGCGUGGGGGUCGCCGGGGACGUCUCGGUCGUGCUGUGUUAAGAAUUUCCUCGGUGUCGGUGCCAACGUCCAGGAUUGGUUGGUCCGAAUAUGACUUCAGUUGUGUAGAUAUCGCCAGUCUCUUUUGCUUUGCACCCUCCGGCGUCGUCUUUUCUAUCUCGUAUGCGCCGUGGUUGAUUUUGGUUAUCUUGUAGGGUCCGUCAAAGGCAGGCGAAAGUUUGCCUUCGCGAAUAUGCGUACGGUACAAAACAUCGUCACCAAGUGCAAAAGUUGGAUCACGGUGCCUUCGGUCGACAGUUUUCUUCAUUUGGGCUAGGUAUUCUGUGAGGCUUGCGCGUGCCGCUUCUCUCCUCUCUGUGAUAUUUUCAUCGCGGGCUUCUGCAUCGGUUUCGAGCUCGUUGUCGAUGGGGUAUCUAGGAGAAAAAUUGAAGAGAAUUUCAAAUGGAGUGAUCUGGAGGCCUGCGUGAAGUAGGUUGUUCACUUGGAACGUUGUUCUUCGCAGGUAGUCGCUCCAAUUGUGGAUGUCUCCAUUGACGUUCUUUCGUAGAAUGUGCAAAAUUUUGCUAUUGGCGCGUUCCACGAGCCCAUUGGUUUCUGGUGCAUACGGGACUGUCAGUACUCGUCUGAUGUGUCGGUCUUCAAAGUAUUCUUGCGCUGCUCGUGAUGUUAGUACCUUGUCAUUAUCACUGAUGAUCACUUCUGGUGUUCCAAAAGCCUGUAGGAUGUCGUCCUCGAUGAAUCGUAACAAGUGUUCUGUGGACUUGUCUCUGACGGCCCUUGUGAUUAUAAAUCUCGUUGCCAGGUCUACUGCGGUGAUGAAAUACUUAUUUUCAUCAUUGGAGUUGAUUGGUCCCACGUGGUCUAUUGCAAUUGCCUGGAAUGGUACGUCUGGUGGUUCCCUUGGUAACAGUCUUCGUGGCUGCACGCCAGUUGGUGUGUUGUAUUGCUGGCAUUGAUCACAGCCCUUGACGUAUGCAGUGACGUCACGUGACAUUCCUGUCCAAUAGUAUCGUCUUUUGAUUCUGGAGAUAGUGCGCUGAGUGUCUCCAUGACCGCCGUUGUCGUGGUAGCACUGUAACACUGCUUCUUUGAGAGAUGAUGGAAUCACCAUCUGUAGGACCUCUUUCCCAUUGAGCGUGGUAACAUACAUUAAAGUUCCGUUUUUAAGCUUGUAGUCCUUGUGGCUCUCUUCGUCUCCUUCGAGCGCACUCAUGAUCUGUUUCAGAUCUUUGUCAUUUCGCUGUGCUAUGUUGAUGCGAGAGUCUUCAGCUCGUAUCACACACACAUGUUGGACUUUGGUAGGGAUGCGUGAAAGACCGUCGGCCAUUACAUUAUUUUUCCCAGGCAUGUGUCGUAGUGUGAAGUUGUAUGUCGAAAGGUCUAGCAUUAUGCGAGCGAAUCGUCUGUUCGGAUCCUUUUUGGACAUUAUGUGGCUGACUGCCCAGUUGUCUGUGAAGAUGUCGAAAGCAGGCAGGCCUUGUAGAUAGUGGUGGAACCGCUCUGUGAUGGCCCAGUGAACUGCUAUUGCUUCAAGUUCUGUUGAAUGUUUAUGCUGGUCGGCAUGAGGUACCUUCUUACUUGCAUACUCAACGACUCUUUCGUCAGAUCCGUGGAGUUGAGUUAGGACUGCUCCAAAUGCUGACUGCGAUGCGUCCACGUACACCUUUGUUGGCAAGUCUGGGCUAAAGUUGGCUAGUAUAGGUGCUUCCGUUAAUUUUUCCUUAAGCGUGUCCAUUGCUGUUUGGCACUCGGGAUUCCAUGUCAGUGGUGUGUCAUUUUUUGUCAAAUCGGUUAGGGGUUUAGCGAUCCUGGCGAAACCCUUGAUGUACUUCCUGUAAUGCGACACAAAUCCAAGGAAUGAGCGCAGGUCCUUCUUGGUUCGUGGUACAUCAUAGUUGUUUACGGCUGCUGUUCGUGCUGGGUCGAUGGCAAUACCAUCUUGUGACAGAAUCAGUCCCAAAAAGGGUAUGCUCUUUGACAUAAAUAUGCAUUUGUUGAUGUCGAUGCGCAGUCCAAUAUUGAGGAUGUUCUUGAGCGUGCGGUCAAGUAAUUUGACAUGGUCUCUCGUGUUGCUGGUGAAAAUACACACGUCGUCCAUAUAGACAGCAACGUGUCCCGUUUCGACGAGUUCUCGUAGUCCCUCAUUCAUUAUGUUUUGCAUGGUGGCAGGUGCUGUUGUUAGCCCAAAAGGCAUUCGUAGUGGUUCAUAGUGUCCGCUUUCUGUCACGAAUGCAGCUUUGUGAAUGUCGGUCUCUUUGAUAGGUACAUUAAGAAAUGCUUUUUUGAUGUCAAGCUUGCUGAAGAACUGUGCUCCAGAUGUCUUUCUCAAGAUGGAGUCUAUUCGCGGCAUGGGGUAUGCUCGUUGAACGGUCUUGGCAUUCAGAAAUCUGUAGUCGAUACAGAGUCUCUUUGGUGUAGAGUCAUGAUGUGGUUGAUCUACAACGAUCACCGGUGAGGCGUAACUCGAUGUUGAGUGACGGAUGAUUCCUCUGUGCAACCAGUCAUUGAUUUCCUUCUCGAUGAAUUGUCUGUUGGUUUCCGUUGCGCUGUAUGGUUGCAUUCGUACUGGCUUGUCGUCGUUUAGCUCAAUUUCGUGUUGAACCGUGGUGCACUGACCCAAAUCGUCGUCAGGUUUCGUGAAGACUGAUGAGUUUCUUCUGAGCACGUCCUUCAUAGCUUCAAACUGCUCAGUUGUAGCGUUGGAGGCAUUUUUGAGAUGCGUCACGAGGUGUUCAGCCUCAUUUGGUGUCGGAAGUUGUCGAGAGUCUUGCUCGAUUUUGAUGCUGCCGGGUGACAUGGAUACUGUUCCGCAUGACAUAUACAUAUGGGGCAGAGUUUCAUCGUUUGUUGUGGGUACUCCUGGUGGUCUUUUGAAGACUUCUAUCAGAUUUGUAUGUGCAACUGCCAGUGCCACUGACUCUUUUUUCGUGAAGUCUGCCUUUGGUAUCCACUCAACACUGAAGCUGUUCUCGUUGCAGCGUUCAACAUAGUCGAAGGGGAUUGCCUUUCUCCAAUCGAGUCCGAUGAUUACUGAGUGCGGUAUUUCCCGGCUCACACAAGCUUGGACAGUGGCUGUAGCGCAUCCUAUUGAAAUGAGCGCUUGAGUGACUCCUAGUGGCUGGCUCGUGUUUCCAAAUGGUCCUCGCAGCACAGUUUCGUUAUCCGGGACGAUGUGGAAGUUGUGGCAAGAGGCGAAGUCUUCGGAUAGGAGAGUUGUAGCAGAGCCUGUGUCCCACAUCACUUCUGUUGCAAUGCCGUUGACUGUUGCUGGCAGGACAAUGACAUUCUGUCUACUGCUUGGGUGUGCAGUCACAACCUUGUUAACAUGCUUCUCUGAGGUGAUAUGUUUCGGGGGUGUGGUGCGAUCAGUGCGUUGUUGCCAUCGUCUUGUUGCCGCGGCCUUUUGUUCUGGCGUUCGUGUGUCUGGCUGGUCACACUGUCGGGCUCGGUGUCCAGUCUUGAGACAUCUUGCGCAUGUGUCUGAUGGUAUUUUCCCAAGUUUAACAGUUGUCUCGGGAACUUGCGGUGCUGGUGGGCUUUUGUGGCUCGGUACCGUAUUUGGCGUUUGUUGUUGGAAUCGGGGUGCCCCGUUUUGCACGGCAGUGCUCUUGUUGUGACCUCGGUUGUACUGCCCUUGUCUCUCGAUCUGGCUUGCAUACUGCAGGAACUCACUUAAAGUUCCUUGACGUAGAUCGUAGUAAGCGGCAAGAAUCGGUUUCUCUGCUGCAUUUGACACACCUUGUAUUAGCCAGUCGACGAUGUCUUCGUUGGACAGAUCGUAGUGCCCUCUUCGUAUAAGUUCCAAACGAGAGUACAUGUAGUCCACUAUUGAUUCAUUCGGCUGCUGUCUUCUAUUGUUAACUUGUGCAAUCCAUUGACAGAAUAGGAGAGGCCUGUCAAAUUCGUUCUCCAGGGCUGCCACCCAUUCGUCCCACUUUUUGUGAGCAAUGCCGUCUGUCUUCUGCCACUCCAUUGCGCGUCCUCGCAGUCGUGUAAUUGCAGCACUCAAUGUUGCGGCCUCACUCCAUGAUGAUAAGUCGCGCAUGGAUUCCACCGCCGCAAUCCACUCUUGUAAGUUGUUGUCCGUUCCGUCAUACGUGGGUAAUGUCGACGUCAAGUCGGGUCCUGUCGUCACGUGGACGGGCCCAGCCUGUCUUUCGAGAACGUGCGCUAUCAUUGACAUUGUGGUGGCUAACAUACUGGCAAUGUCGGAGUCUGUGUACAUUCCUUGUUGAGGUGAUGGUGAAGCUGCGGCCUGGGACAUAAUCGUUUGGGGCUUGGUCUCGCCUUCAUUGUCCUUCGUGCCGUGUCGUGGGCUUUCAGGCUCCUCUUGCUUCGUGUCGCUUGAUAUGUCCAUUUUCCUUUGGCUUUUUCUCGUGAUGCCCGAUGACUGUAGGGCGAGCACGUUUGUCUUGACGAACUGGCUCAUACGUGCACCUCGUGGUAAUGGCUCUCAGGGUGUCCUCUCAUUUUGGUGGUUUUCGAUGCUCUAUUUGAUGACGUGAUUGCUUCGUGGUCGUUUUCCUCGUCGCCAUGUUAGGUCGUCGUUAGUCGAACGUCAUCUCGAAAACGAUUUAUUAACAGAUUAAACUGGAUUACAAUAGAUGAACGUUUCAUGCAUGCUGCCUCCCAUCUUCUUCUUGGCGAUGAUGAUCAUGACGAUGUCUUCGUCGAUGGCGCUUCUCCUCCUCGCCUCCCGACCCGCACCUAGCGCCGGCUAACAAAACAAAACAGAGCUCGGCACAACUGGAGAAUCGGGACAUGAUCGCAGAACUCCUGCAUCUUGCAAACGGUACAGCCGCAGUCUUUACUUCUCACCCCGAAGCAGGAGAAAAGGCUCAAACGUAUUAAGAAACACAAAGCUACGGCUAUACCUACAGGAAGACGGACGAGGUAUUAGUGUAGAGCCAAGAGAUGCUCGUGCAAAGUCCCAGCCCUUCGGAUUCUCAGCCCAGAGGAAUGCGGCUGCCCCAGAAGUCCACUGGUCAACUCACCCGAGUUGAACCAGCAUCUUGUGAUGCUGCCUGUCUUCCGGGACUGGGUCAGGUACAGCAACAGCACUGUAGCAAGUUUGCAUCAAGAUCCGACACUUGUGGGGUGACAGCUGCAAUGGGCCGCAUUAAAGAAGAACCCCAAGACUGCUCUUCAGACGAACGUCCGGUUAUAGUAGUGAAGACGGAGCCCUACGAUGCUACAAUUUCGGAAGGGCAGGAUCACGUGGGACACAGCCAUGACUCAGCAUCACAAGAAGCAGCAGCAAGUACUUUUAAGGAUGAGCCCAAAGCCAUUCAUGAUACAGCAUCAUCAGGUUGCAACUCUUCAAAUGCACAGUUCAACUUGAACACAGCAGCUGUUCAGCCUCCAUUCGUCAACACAGCCCCAGUCACUGUGGAUGUACAACCCACGGAUUCCAAUCCCAGAGACUAUGCUGAAAACCAAAAUGAAAGUGAAACACAAAGUGAAUCAUCAAUCUCAACCCAUGAGAUGGACAAGACACACAAGUGCAGUGUUUGUUCGGCUACGUGCAUUGACGUAGACCACUUGGAAGUUCCCCUCGGGGCUAACGAACCAAACACAUUCACCUGCGACACAUGUCGACAUAAACAGACACAUAUGCGUUUGAAGCCGUAUAGAUGUGAUCUCUGUCCUGCAGUGUUCAGCUGCAGGACGAGCUUGAAGAGCCACACGCAGGCACACAUGGGUGAGAAGCUGUACAAAUGCAACCUCUGCCCUGCAGAGUACAACCAUAACAAAGGCCUCCGGCGACACAGGCUGACACAUACAGGGGAGAAGCCGUACAAGUGCGACCUCUGUCCUGUGGAGUCCAGCAGCAGUGCAAACCUGCGGCGUCACAAGCAGACGCACACAGGAGAGAAGCCGUACAGGUGCGACCUCUGUCAUGCAGAGUUUAGCCGCAGCACAAGCCUGCGGCGCCACAAGCAGACGCAUACAGGCGAGAAGCCAUACAAAUGCAAUACCUGUUCUGCAGAGUUUGUGCGCAGUGAGAGCCUGCAGUAUCACAAGCUAAAACACACAGGUGAGAAGCCAUACAAGUGUGAUCUCUGUCCUGCAGAGUUCCGCCACGGAACAAAUUUGCGGAACCACAAGCAGAUACACUCGGGCGAGAAGCCGUACAAGUGUAACCUCUGUCCUGCAGAGUACAGCUAUAGCAAAAACCUGCUGCAACACAAACUGUCACAUGCGGGUGAGAAGCCAUACAAGUGCAAUCUCUGUCCUGCAGAGUUCAGCUGCAGCACAGGCCUUCAGCGGCACACGCAUACGCACACAGGUGAAAAGCCAUAUAAGUGCGAUCUUUGUCCUGCAAAGUUCAGACAAGACAUGCACCUGCGACGUCACAAGCGGACACAUACCAGUGAGAAGCCAUAG